AUGCCUCCCAAUGCCUACGACGUCUUCCAGGAACUGGACCGGGAAGAGCAGUUUUCUGCUCAAGAGGGCAAGACCCAGAGGUCCUACGCAACAUGGCGGGAACGCGCCAUGAGCCGAAACCUGCGCCGCGGUUUUCUCAUCAUCGGAACCUGCUGGGUUCUCUAUUUCGUAUACCUGCAUAGUCUCUACGCCAUGUCUUGGAAGCCUAAAUAUUUUGAUACUACCGAACAAGCGACGGAUGCUGUUGCGACUACUCUGGAGCAGAACAACGCCGGAAAGACCGUGCCCCUAGAUGUGCACGUCAUGAGCAAGUGUCCUGAUGCCAGGGACUGCCUGCAGCAAUUGAUCAUUCCAGCAAUGGAGAAAAUCAGCGAUAAGGUCGAUUUUCGCCUUUCGUUUAUUGGAAGCCACCAGGACGAUGACUUUGAUGAUCCUGAGGACCCAAGUGGCAUUGCCUUGUUACGGGAGAGUGUACGCCACAGUCAAGAAGUCGGAGUUACAAAGAGCUGUACUGUGAGGCUGGAUGAGACUGUUUGGUGUAUUCGAGAUGAUGGCAAGUGGAAGGAUUGCGCUCAUGGCAGCGAUAUCUCGACUUUCGUGGGGGAGGUAGAAAGAUUAUGGACGGAGAGGAAUUAG